GUGACUGCUUUGCAGACGGCCUGGAACGCGGCCGCCAUUUUUGAGCUGUGCGUUUAGUAGCCAUAGGCUACGUCAGAGUGCCAAAUUACUGAUGGCGCAGGAGGCGGACAUAAUGAUUAAUUAUCACGGCGGAUUCGAAAAAUUAGACCGGAAAAACAGCCGUUAUCCUUAUUGUAUCGUUUGGACCCCUAUUCCAAUACUGUCGUGGUUGCUCCCCUUCAUUGGUCACAUGGGGAUCUGUACUUCUGCAGGCGUGAUAAGAGACUUCGCUGGAUCGUACUUAGUGUCUGAAGAUAAUAUGGCCUUUGGAAGACCAACAAAGUACUGGAAGCUUGAUAUUGAUAAGGUGUGUGGCACUGGCUCAGCUGCCUGGGACAAAGCAGUGCACGAUGCAUCGGAGGAGUACAAAUGCAGGCCGCACAACCUCUGCUGUGAUAACUGCCACUCCCACGUGGCCCGGGCCCUCAACCUCAUGCGCUACGACAACAGAACGACCUGGAACAUGGUCAACCUAUGCCUGCAGACCCUUAUCCAUGGCAGGCAUGUCAGCUGUGUGUCGUUCCUCAAGACCUGGCUGCCCUUCCUCAUGCUGACUGGAGCCCUCGUCACCUUUAUCCUAACACUCAACCUGCACUGACCACACAAGGGAGUUGGAGGAGGGGAGAGAUAAUACAAGGGAUUUUCCUGCUCAGUUGUAAUCAUGAAAGUGAAUGAAGAAGAGGAAUGUUCCGAUGGGACACUUCUCUGUGCAGUACUAAUAUCCACACUCUCCGACAUCCAUCAGAAAGGGUCUCACGAGGGCAGUUAUGUCCAGCUGUUCUGGCUUGUUUUGAAGUACCUUUUACUCGAGAACAGAAAGGAAUGUCGUAUAAAUUAAUGUUUGGCUUGGGAUAGCCAUAACCAUAAAUAUAGAACUGAUAUAGCAUCUGCUAAAUGACAAGAAUUUGAAUGUAAAUAUAUUGUCUAUGGUCAUAAAUUCAUACUGGUCUCUUUUCCUGAACCCCGUUUAACCAGUAUAAUAACAGCUAAACAUCAUUUUACUUUGUAAUGGUUUACUGUAUUCUAUCAGACAGUAUUUGUUCAUGCAAUACUGUAAGUUCUCUGAAGCAACAUGCUCAGGAAUGUUAAUAUACUGUACAGUAGUACAUAAUCAUGACCAAGCAUUUGAUAGAAUUACAGUAAUUAUGGGCAAUAGGCUAUACCAUAUAGGCUAGUAAAGUGAAAACAAAUUGUAUUUGUCAUGCUUCGUAAAACAACAGGUGUAGACUAACAGUGAAGUGCUUCCCAUCAAUGCAGAGUAAUAAAAUAAAGGUAAU